CAACAAUACUGAUUACAAAAUAAACUAGACUAGUUUGAAGGUAAAACAAGAAACAGCUGCAUGGUUAAGUGCCAAAACAUCUUUGUUGCUGCAUUACUGGCCAUCGUUCAACAUGAUGACUACCCGACAGUCAGCAAUGAUGUAAAAAAUUAUGUUCAAAGCAGCAACUUGUAACCUUAUUUUUUAUUUUGACUCUCUUUUUUAAUCUUUUGUCUUGUCCGCGUGAAAGGACUUGGGUGUUUUCUGUUGAAUAAUGCUACUGAAACAUCGCUAUUGUCAAUUCUAGAAAUGAUGAAAAACAUGGAAAAAGGAACAGGGAUAGUUUUACUUUUCUAACUCCUUGCAUCAAUUAUCUUUAAAAUGAAAAAUCAGUUAUUAGGAGAUGAAAUGAAGCCUUCUGAAUGGUGCUUCUUCUGUGUUUGUUUUUCUUUACUACAAGAACUUUGGCACUAAACACUAUAAGCCCAGGGCAGUCCAUAAAAGAUGGUCAAACUCUUGUGUCAGCUAGUGGAAGCUUUGAAUUGGGAUUUUUCAGUCCCGGAAAUUCCAAGAGUCGGUACGUGGGAAUUUGGUACAAGAAAGUAUCAACUGGGACUGCUGUAUGGGUUGCCAAUAGGGAAGCUUCAGUUUCUGAUGCUUCAGGAGUUCUAAGCAUCAAUGACAAAGGAAUCCUUUCAAUUAUGAACGGUACCAAAGGCAUUGUUUGGUCUUCCAACACAUCAAGGAAUUCAGCAGAGGAGCCGAUUGCACGACUCCUGGAUUCGGGAAAUUUCGUAGUGAAGGACCCAAAUGAUAGUGAUCCAGAAAAUUUUCUUUGGCAGAGUUUUGAUUAUCCUUGCGAUACCUUUCUACCAGGAAUGAAGAUUGGAAUAAACUUUGUCACAGGUUUCGACAGGCAUAUAUCAUCCUGGAAAAGCAUGGAAGAUCCUGCUCCAGGCCUAUAUUCUAUGAGGAUUGAUCCGCGGGGUUUACCGCAACUUGUAAUCAAGAAGGGGCCUAACAUAACGUCUAGAGGAGGAUCAUGGAAUGGUCGUUAUAUUACAGGAAGACCGCAGCCUACAGUUAAUCCAGUAUAUUUAUAUGAGUUUUUCUGGAAUAAGAAUGAGGCCUAUUACAAAUAUGAGAUGCGAAACAGUUCUAUCUUUUCAAGGUAUUUAUUGAACCCAGUAGGUCUAACACAACGCUCCAUAUGGAAUGAGAGGAAAAAUGAGUGGGAGGUUGACUCCACAUCACAAGCGGAUCAGUGUUCGAUCUAUGACUAUUGUGGAUCAUAUGCUACAUGCAGCACCAAUGAAUUUCCACCAUGUAAAUGCUUGGAAGGGUUCAUGCAAGGAUCAGCAUCUCCCGGAGAUUUGAGUUCUUUAGAUUGGUCAAAUGGAUGUACUCGAAGGACACCAUUGACAUGUGAUGGUGGAGAUAGCUUUCUUAAGCAAACGGGACUAAAACUACCAGACACUUCAAAAUCUUGGGCAGACAUUAGCGUUGAUCUUAAGGAGUGUGAGAAAUUGUGUCUGAGGAAUUGCUCUUGCACUGCAUAUGCGAAUUUAGAUAUCCGAGAGGGAGGCCAUGGCUGCUUGCUGUGGUUCCUAGACUUAAUUGACAUCACGGAAUUCAGUAAAGGCGGACAAGACCUUUAUAUCAGGUUGGCUACUUCUGAUCUAGAGCAUAUUCAAAGCAAAGGGAAGCUAAAAGAAAAGCAAAAGGCAACAAUCAUUGCCAUCUCUGUCAUAAUAACCUGCGGAAUGAUGAUACUAGCAUUGUGGUUAUAUGUUCGGAAGAAAAAACUCAGAAAAACAGGUACACGAAAAACUCAGAAAAACAGGUACACGAAUUCAGUUCUAACUGAAAGGGAACAUGGAAAGGAAGAUUUAGAGCUGCCUGUAUUCGAUUUCGCAAUCAUAGCUACAGCAACUAAUAACUUCUCGAGCAACAACAUUCUGGGACAAGGUGGAUUUGGUCCUGUUUACAAGGGAACAUUGAUUGAGGGGCAAGAAAUAGCAGUGAAGAGACUUUCAAAGAAUUCUGGACAAGGACUGGAAGAGUUCAAAAAUGAAGUAACAUUGAUUUCCAAACUUCAGCACCGUAAUCUUGUAAAGCUCUUUGGUUGCUGCAUCAGAAGAGAUGAAAAGAUGUUAAUUUACGAGUACAUGCCUAACAAAAAUCAAACAAGAAGCAAAUUACUGGACUGGCGUAUCCGAAUGCAUAUUGUUGAUGGAAUUGCUAGAGGGGUUCUUUAUCUUCAUCAUGACUCUAGAUUGAGGAUUAUCCAUAGAGACCUGAAAGCAAGCAAUAUUUUAUUAGAUAAUAACAUGAAGCCAAAGAUAUCAGAUUUCGGUUUGGCUCGGAAGUUCGGAGUAGAUCAGACUCAGGCCAAAACUAGAAGAGUGGUUGGAACAUACGGUUAUAUGUCACCUGAAUAUGCCUUGGAUGGGAUUUUCUCAACGAAAUCCGAUGUAUUCAGCUUUGGAGCUUUGGUUCUGGAGAUACUAUCAGGAAAGAAAAACAGGGGAUUUUCCCGUCCGGAACAUGACCAUAAUCUUCUUGGACAUGCAUGGACAUUGUGGAUUGGAAAGAGGCCACUAGAACUAAUCGAUACCGCAUUGAGUGACUUGUACAAUGCAACCGAAGUGUUAAGAUGCAUCAAUGUAGCUCUAUUAUGUGUGCAGCAAAGCCCCCUUGACAGACCAAACAUGUCAUUAGUAUUGCUCAUGUUGUGCGGUGACAGUGUAUUGCCGCAACCAAAGCAGCCUGGGUUUUUCAUAGAAAGAAAUCUUCCAAUGACUGAUUCUAUAUCAGAAAAAAACGAAAUGUUCUCAAUAUAUGAAUCUACUAUUACAUCAUUAGAGCCACGAUAGUAGCUUCUCACAUAUAUUUAUGGUAUGUUCUGAUAAAUCAGUUAGGCAUUGAUUCAUUCAUAAAGGGAAAGAAGUUAAGAAAUUUAA